UUUUAAUGGCACUCUUUUAAACACAUCUCGGCCCCUGAGACCUCAGCUAAUCUCCCCCCCCCCCCCUGCUUCUCUCCUUUCGUCUCCUUCCUCCCUGUUUCCUCUCCCCACUCAAGAAACUUCCUCCUCUCCUUCUCCCCCUUCUCCCCUUUCUCCCCUCUCCCCUUCUGUCCCUUUCCCCUUUCUCCUCUUUCUCUCCUGUCCCGCUAUGAGCUUCACCGAUCCGUCGACACCGAUCCGCUCCUUGACCGGCGACGAUGCAGCCUCAGAUGGCUCUGACUACAAUGUCAACCCCUACCGGUCCCUGAAUGACAACAUCCACGGACAAUACCGCCUGCCGAAGAAAUAUUUCGACAUCAUCGAUACCGAGCAAUUCCAACGCCUGCGCAACCUGAUGCAGCUGGGCUGCGCGUAUUACGUCUUCCCCAGCGCGUCUCACAAUCGCUUCGAGCAUUCGCUUGGCGUCGGGUACCUGGCCAACACCCUGCUUGGGCGCCUGCAGCGCGAGCAGAGGCUCGACUUCGACAACCCGCGUCAGGCCACGCAUCUGCUGAAUUCCGUCACCAUUGCCGGGCUUUGCCAUGACCUCGGGCACGGCCCCUUCAGCCAUGUCUUCGAUGGUCAAUUCAUCCCCCGGGCGCGGCCCGGGUGUAGUUGGACCCAUGAGGAUGCAUCGGAGAUGAUGCUGGACGAUUUGGUGGACAAGAACUACAUCGACAUCGAUGGCGAGAAUGGCUUCGAUGUGGAGCUGAUCAAGGAGUUGAUUCAAGGCCAGCGGAGCGCCAAGUUCCAGCAUAUCCCCCGGUACAUCUAUCAAAUUGUGGCCAACGAGUCCAGCGGCGUGGAUGUCGACAAGUUCGACUACAUCAAUCGCGACUGCCACAAUGUCGGCCUCAAGACCAGCUACGACUUCGGCCGCCUGAUGGACUCCGCCCGUGUGGUCAAUGAUGAAAUCACCUUCCCCCAAAAGGAGGUUUUCAAUCUGUACGAGAUGUUCCACACUCGGUACAGCCUCUUCAAGCGGAUCUACACACAUCGGGUUGGCACCUCCAUUGAGUACAUGGUUGUCGAUGCGAUGCUGCUCGCCGACCAGGCCCUUGGCAUCUCCUCCUCGAUUGACCGGGCCGACACCUACCUGUCCAUGACGGACAGCGUUCUGGAUGACAUUGUUCGCGCGGCGUCCGCCCCCCGGUGCUCGGCCAACUAUGUCGGGGCUCGCGAGGCCCAGUGCGAUGGAUCCAAGGUGUCCUCCCCCGAGGAGCUGGCUCGCUCGGCGGCCCGCGUCGGGUCUCCCCAUGCGCAGCAGCUAGCCGAAGCGCGGGGCAUCAUCCGUAACAUUCGCCAGCGCAACCAUUAUCGCUUUGUCGGCGAGCUGUUCUUCAGCCGCGAAAUCUUCAACAAGCUGAAGAAGACUCCCAACAUCGCGGGCGAGAUUGCCAGUUUCGGCUCCAGCAACUCGUUGGCUGCGGAUGACGUGGUGGUCGACUUCUCGGCCAUCCACUAUGGCAUGCGGGAUCAAAACCCGGUGGAGAGGAUCAAGUUCUACAACCGCCUGGACAUCAACAAGGUCGCCCACAUCCCCCAAAUCCAGGUGUCGCCCCUGAUCCCGAAGGUCUUCGAAGAGUGCCGCGUGCGCGUUUUCGCCCGGCGGCCCGACAACUUUGUCCAUGUUCAGACGGCUCUCGCCAAAUGGGUGAAGCACUGUUAUCCCCAGGUUGCCGAGGAGCAGCUGAACUUCGCCCUCAUGGCCCCGCCCGACUACACUCCCUCCCGGUCCACGGGGCCCCGGACACCGAGCAGCAGCGAGCGUGUUCACACCUCGCCGUCGGUCCGUCGGUCGCCCGCCAGCGCCUCGUCUCCCCCCACCAGCCAGAUGCUCUUCUCCGAGCACAACUCGUGAGGCGGGCGAAAAGGAGGAGACACACCCUUCCACCAGGGGAGAGGGUUGCCUGAC